GAAUUGAAACUCGAUAUCCGAAUCGAUUUGGUGUCCAUUCCUUACAAUCGCGACUUCGGAACCGCUGAUAGUCUUCGGCUCAUCAAAGAUAAGAUCAAAAACGACGUCCUUGUGUUGAGUUGUGACACAAUCACUGACUUUCCCCUUAAGAGACUCAUCGACUUCUAUCGGAUCCAUAAUCCGACUCUUUUGGCAUUGAUUUCGUCGAUUCCUUAUAACAACGAGAACUCAAUUCCCGGCCGAAAAGGUCGCGAAAAGAUUGAGAAAGAUUUGAUUGGAAUCGACGCCCAAAAUGGCGAUCGACUCGUCUUCAUGAGCUCUGAAGCAGAUUUCGACGAAAGUGUUUCGUUCAGCGUUUCGAUGCUUAAGAAAUGUCCGCAAAUGACUAUCAAAAGCAAUUUACUGGACGCUCACAUAUAUCUUCUCAAGAAGUGGACACUUCGCUACUUAGAGGAGAAUACGUGA